AUGUCUGCGCAACUUACGGGAUUCCCUACCCUCAAGCCGGCCUUCGUGAUCAAGGCCAAUAUUGGGGCUGUCAGUCCUGUGGGGCUGAUCCACACGGGUUCCACGUCUCUGCAUUUCGAGGUCACUUCCGGCACCAUCGAGACCGUGCCCGGGUUUGAGCCCGCGUUCAAGGCCGAGGUCAAGUUCGCGGCAGACUGGUUCACCAUCGACCAUGACAAGAAGAAUGGCCGCGUCGACAUCCGUUGCAUUGCCAAAACCGCCGAGGGCCAUGCCAUCGAUCUCCGCAGCCAAGGCGUCAUCGAACUGGCCCCUCCCAUGGCGAAGAUCUUCUCUAUGGAUCCCGAGAUGAAGACCACGCCCUUCGGAUACACAACCGCGUGGGCAACGAUGACUGUUGCCGACCCCGCCCUGAAGUCUCUGGAGAGCAGCACCUUUGUCGGCAACUCGCGCAUUAUUGUGGCCGAGACUGGCAUCACCAUCGAGGUCAGGCAGUCACUUGUGGUUCCCUCCACCGUUGAUGAGUAA